AUGUCAGAUUUUGGAGGAAAUUAUAAUAACUACGGCGACGGAGGAUUCAAUACAGAUAUUGGAAAUGGCGGAUUCCAAAAUGAAAAUAAUGGAUCGCAGAAGCAGCAGUUACGUUCAAGCUUAACGCCAGUGACCAUUAAACAAAUUACAGAAGCUACACAACCAAUACCAGACGGAGAAUUCCAAGUCCAUAAUGUUAAUUUAAACUUGGUAUCGUUUGUAGGAGUUGUGAGAAACGUGCAGGACAUAACCUCUGCCAUUCUUAUUACAAUUGAAGAUGGCACUGGGUCGAUUGAAGUACGUAAAUGGAUAGAUGAUUCCAAUGCAAUGGAUGAAAAUGAACAGGAGAAAUACGAAAUGAACAAGUAUAUUUAUGUCACAGGUGCUUUGAAGGAAUUUAAUGGAAAGAAAAACUUACAGCAUGCGACCAUGAGACCAAUUACUGAUCAUAAUGAAAUCUUGUAUCACCACUUAAGCGCUAUUUCACACCACUUAAAGGCACAAGGAUUGUCUGCUAGAGCUAAUGGCGAACAAAAUCAAUCUCAAGAUAAUGGACUUUUUGUUAAGGAUCCACAUGGCAUGGACGUUGGCACUUCAAUUCAAGAUAAGAUCUUAACAGUUAUUCGUGAUAACACCAGCAGUAUGCAAGAAGGUGUUCCUGUGCCUUUCAUUUCUCAAAAGUUAAAUGUGACGGACGACCUUGUGUUAGAACAGUGUUCUGAAUUAAUUGAUAACGGUAAGAUUUAUUCCGGAUAUGAUGAUAGUGCUUAUUUGGCUGUCUGA